CCCCGUUUUCUCUUAUUUCCUUUCCGUUUAUUUUCGCGGUAAGUCACUUUAUCAUCGUGGCCAAACAUUCGUCGAAGUUAAAGCUUAAUAGGUUCCCCAGGCCCCUUCCCUUCUUCUCUCCGACCAAUCGUUCUACGCAGAGGUAAACUCGGUCAUAUCGUUCCCAUCUUCAAACCACAUUUUGCUUUUAAAGUGCGCAGACCGCGGUCAGCAUUGUUCUUGUCUCUCCUGGUGAUCUCUACGUGUCGCUACAAAAUACCGGGAGCGAAAAGCUAAAAGACGAAUCAGUGAUUGAAUUAAAAAUAUUUAUUAUCGGACCGUCGGGGACGGUUUGAGCGAUUAUUAAGAUUAUUUUAUUAGGGGGACCUUGACUGUGCAUUUGUGCAUCCGAGCCGCUGCAUAUUAUCUCGGGCACGAUAAUACGAUAAGCGAGUGUAUUUACCGAGGACUGAAUUGAUGUCACUCGAGAAAGGAUUUUGUUCGUCGACUCGAUUGCGACGACAGUGUUGACCGAUACGCGUCCGAUGUUCGACGGAAUUGACACUUUGUUGUGAAAAGUGAGGGUAAUUUUCUUUCUCAAGGACAGUUUAUCCUUUACGAAGCCCUGUCGACAUACGGGCGAAAUUCCUCUGACCGUGCGGGCAAUAUUGGACCAAACGCCGGGCGCUUUUAGUGGGUUAAGGUGCGCAUGUUUAAAAAUCUGCAAUAAACGGGAUUUUAUAAUCACGCCGGUGGCGAUUAUUCGUCACCUCGUGUUGAUAAAGAAGAGGACCGUGGAGAGAUUUCAGGAUUAUUUUCGGAAAAAUUGCGAGGAGUAAGGAGGAGUGCGGAGUGAAGUGGUGGUCGUCACUUCGUGGGUACCGUGAAGGGAUCUUAGUCUUUUUCACUUCCGCGGCUUAAUUCGCUGUAAAGAAAUCGAAGUGGUCCUUGAAGAUUAGUGGUCCAGAAGAUCAGAAGUCUUUUCAAGCCGUCGACGAUGACGGGGAUAGCCGUAGGACGUCGAUUUCCUGCAUGGAUCGCCACCCUCUUCUUGAUCAGCUGGACAGGAUCCUCCGCCGAGAUGAUCGGCGGCAACCUGAUCGUCGCCGGGAACGUGGGGUCCAACUCUACGAGGGAUUUUUUCCUGGGGCCUUGCCUGGUGAACACGGAACGAGGGUGUCCAGACGAGGAGGUGACCUUCUUUCUGUUCACCAGAAGGAACCUGGACGAGUCCCAGCGGAUCAACGUCACGGACUCCUGGUCCAACCUGAGGGAGACCAAUUUCAACCCUUCACACCCGACUAAGAUCAUCAUCCACGGGUACAAUUCCGACAUGUAUCUUGACACUUUGGUCGACAUCAGGAACGAGUACUUGAAGAAUUCCGAGUUCAAUGUAGUAGCCGUCGAUUGGCAUCGGCUGGCAACGGCUCCGUGCUAUCCAACCGCGGUGCACAAUGUUCCCCACGUGGGGCAGUGCGUGGCACAGCUGAUAAACCGUAUCAGGGACACCGGCGCCAAGGAUAUACACGCGAUAGGGUUCAGUCUAGGUGCCCACGUGCCUGCCUUUUCGGCAAACGUCUUGCGGCCGUACAAACUCUUCAGGAUCACCGGGUUGGACCCGGCCAUGCCGCUCUUCGUCACCGUCAACAACGACGAGAAACUCGACGCAGGCGACGCCAGGUUCGUCGACGUCUUCCACACGAAUGCCUUCAUCCAGGGAAAGGUCGAACCUAGUGGACACAUUGAUUUCUACAUGAAUGGAGGCGUCAAUCAGCCCGGAUGCUGGGAACAUAGGAACCCCUUCGGGUGUAAUCACCAUCGAGCUGCCGUUUAUUUCGCGGAGUCCAUCAACAGCGAUCUUGGCUUUUGGGGAUGGCCUUGUCCUGGCUUCUUGGCUUACCUUUUGGGCCUCUGUCCUCCAAGGUUCCCGGCUGUCCUGGCUGGAGAUAGGGUCAAUAGGAAUUAUAGAGGGUUUCAUCUCGUCAAGACCAAGGGACACCCUCCGUAUGCCGAGGGCAUCUUUGAUACCGAUUUGAUGGACCUGCCUCGUUGAUUUGGAUGUGUCUAGAGAUGUUAUCAAUGGACUCGUUGAUUUGGAUGGGUCAAGAGAAGUCAUCAAUGGACUCGUUGAUUUGGAUGGGUCAAGAGAAGUCAUCAAUGGACUCGUUGAUUUGGAUGUAUCAAGAGAUGUUAUCAAUGGACUGCGUCUUGGCGAGAUCAUGCUUCAAGGGAAUUCUUAUCAAUGACCUGGUGGACCUGCAGAAGUUGAUCUUGAUGAUCGCUGGUUGACGACUGGGUUUUUCGAUUUUUCGAAUUCCUCAGGAGGAGGAAGGAAACAUUCGGAUGGAGGGAUGAUUUUUUUUCCGACGUGUCGCUGAGAAAAUAUCAGUUUUAUAAUUAUUCGCCUACGGAAAUGGUACCAAUGACGGUACUUUUCAUUCUUAAUGGCUGGAUACUUUCCUGGAUAUACUGUGAAUAAAUCGUAUAAGGGCUAGGUCAGGGUUCGAGUGGCAUUUAAUGGCUGUUAAUUAGUUCUAGGCCGCGGGUAUGAACAAUGGUCCCCUUGUUACAGACAUUGCAGGAAAUCCUGCAUAGAGACAGUGAACGUGGAAUGACUUGGCGACGAGUUCUUGUAAUUGUUAUCCAAUUUAUAUUCUCAUUGCACUAUCAUAUGCUGUAGCAUCAAGAAAUUAUAUUAUUAAAUUCCUAAUUUUCGUCCGCAUUCAAGUCUUCACGUUAAAUUUGUAACAUCAGGGCAGCUCUGGACUUGAAUUAAACAAUGAAUCGCAGGUGGUUGAAAUUGGCGGAAA